AUGGCAAUUGCUUCAAGCCAAAUUGUCGACCUAAAGGAUUUCCCAAACGACUUCAAGAGCGUCAAAGAAUCCCCCGGGUACCCGAAAUUUGCCGGCCACCUCAAUAUGGAACAAGCGGUUCAGGAGCACCGCGGUCGUGACCAGAAGCCGUUUCUAAUCAAGACGUCCAAAAGAGGCAAACGUGGCAACCAAAAGGCGCAGGUUUUCAGCCAUACUCCAGCCGUUGUUGCUUUUUCCAAUGCGACACGGAGCAACGUCUUCGGCAAGAUAUCGACACAACUUCCGCUGGAGUCGCUUAUAACGGUGGCGUAUUUCCCUUCAACGCAGACGCCUUCUAUCCACCUAAAACUACUUCAUGCAAAAAGCAAGCAUCGCCAUGUUCUGAUAGAGGCCUUCAUAUAUGGCAACUCUAUCGAGAUGUCUCAAGAUCCGGAGCAAAAUGCGUCACUUCAUUCACUUGAAAUGGACGUCGGCCCCAGCUUGAAGACAGAAUACAUUUCGCCGAAGGUUCUCAACGACGAGUCUACCGGAGUUGCUGCUGCUCAUUCAGCCGGCGAACUUUGGCUUACCUGCAUAGAUAUCAAUCCAUCAAGGCCGACUGAUCGUCCUGAGGAGGAGCAGCCUGGACUGAGCAGCUCUCGCCUCGCCGCGUUGCCAUUCGAGGAUGAUAUCGUGACGGAUGACCAGUCACCUGAGAUGAUCCAGUCAAUGUCUACCGAAAGGGACUCCGGUAUAAAGUUUUUUGGUAUCGCGGCGAAAGACCUGAAACACAUCCGUGAAACCACCGAGAGGGACUUCGAAACUGGCUUGAAUGAUGUGGAAAAGAUCAUCUGGUGGCUUGCUCAACCAUCAUUCCAGAUGCACAUCUACAGCUGGACCCCAAGCGAGUCUGUCGAUACGGCGAAGGAAUUCAUCAAGUAUUUUCGUCCGUUGAUGAAGAUUUCUAUGGACCACGGCCCAUAUUGGUUCUACCGCCUGGAGGCCCAAAGCACCAAGAAGUUCAGUGAUCGUGAUUUCCCAUACAAAAGCCUCCCAGUACCACGCUGGCUUGUCAACCGCUGGCAGAUAGGUCUCAAUGAGGACAAUAUCCCUAUCCCGGGUACGGAAAUACCUCUUCACUGGACCAAUUUCAGGCUUCCAACCGAGGCGCCAUCCUCAGACGCAAAAAUGUUUCAAUACCAACUUGCCGUGACGCGUGAGAGGGAAGAGCACCAACGCCGCAUAAGAGAGAGCAGGCUAGAGACUGAUUUCAACAUUGUUACGAAGUUCAAGAAGUUCAGCGGCCAGCCGAACAAAUUCCUUGUUGCUAUCUGGCUAAAAGGACACGACCCCAUGGCAACUCCGUCCAAGCUCCCAAGCCUUGAAUCGCGCAUCUCAAUUUCAGUCAGAAUCGGCAAGAAGGAUGUGGUUUUCAAUGAGAUGACCUGCGAGGACUUCUUUAAUGUUCGCUGUCACAUUUUCGCUUGUGUCCGUGGCGUCGGCAAUACAAGCGCACUUAAAGAGGAUAUCCGAUACAGGGGCUUCAUCACUCUCGUUGAUGACGAGGUCCCGACAUCGCGUAUACUGAAUGGGCUAUAUCUAUGUGCUCAGCCUAAGAAAGCCAAUAAAGGCGUCGAUGUCGGGGCUCUGCUUGGGUUUCAUGAGCCCAUGAUCACCCAUGCCGAUUGCCUCGCUCAGGAGUUCGGACAGAAGAAAGAGAUGUGCAACAGAUUCCAGACUGUUAUGAGCCGCAUUCAGCUCGAUAAGAACCAGCGAAGCGCCGCCAUGUCAGCCAUGAGCAGUGCCACUGGUGUCAUCGCCUUGUGGGGCCCUCCAGGAACAGGCAAGACUACAACAAACGUUGCCAUGGGAGAGGCUCUCGCGCAAUGUGGUAAAGUCGUUGGGCAUACAACUCCCUCCAAAAUCGCUCGAGAUGUUGCUAUGAACAACUUUUUGAGUGUCACUGAAUUGGCCGAUGACCAGAUUGUAAGAUUCAAUGGUGGUCACCAGGUCGGCCCAUUUCAGAUGGACCAAGAUGGCGCUGAGCAGCGGCCGGAGGACCAAGAGCUCAUAAAUGAAGUCUGGGAACUCUACGAGCGCCGCGAGAUGACUGGCUUUGACGAUCAGCUCGCUGGCUAUGACUUCGAGACCCAACUCGACAAAUUUGUGGAGAGCGUGAGGAGCAGCCCUACCCACGAGCUUCACUCCAUGGCCAAGGAGUAUUUCCAAAAAAAGAAGGAGCUCUCUGAGGCAAAAGUCACAGGGCUCGACACCCGGAGUAUGAAGGAACUUCGCGACGUUGUAGACAAACUUAGGAAGCUCACAUUCACGGAAGCUUAUUUUAAGAGCCGAGUGAAAAUAAUCUUCCUCACGGAGUCACAAUGCGCUGCAGACCCUAUCUUCCUCUACGCAAAAGUGCAGUGCCUACUCGUGGACGAGGCGGGAAUGUCCACUAUACCCAAGCUGGCCGUGCCUCUGGGGGUGUUCAGGGAGAGCCUAGAGUUACUCAUCCUUUCGGGAGAUCACAAACAGCAGCAGCCUGUUGUUUUCUCGAGUCAGUCAAAUGAGUUUGGUGAUCUACUGAGGCACUCAUUGCUCCAGAAGCUUCAUGAGAGCGGCGACAACCGCAUUCAUAUGCUCAGAAACUCUUACCGGCUGACUCCAGACGUCGGAGCCUGGAAUUCUCAUAGAUUCUACGGGGACGCUCUGAACUGCAAAAAUCCAGGCGACGAGCAGCUUUGGAACACAAUCAACUCGGCCAUUUCGACCCACGCUCCGUUCUUCGUGGCGCAAAAGCCUCUUCCACGUCGCAUUGCCGUGGAUGUCUCGAGCAGCCUCCUACAUAGCCGUGAGGUGUAUUCUUCGCAAAAAAACGAGACAUCCCAGGCUAACGAUUUCGAGGCUGAAUUUGUCGUCCAAGUUAUCUUAGGCCUUCUCAAGUUCGAGCCUGGCGAUCCUAUUGGGCAACGUACAAUCGUGCCCAGUGAUUUUCUGGACAUUACCCCUUACGGUGGCCAACGACAAUUGAUUGUGGAAAAGCUGGCCGGGGCGCACAAGCAAGGCAUACGCGGUCAGGACGGCGCUUCUCUCCUUUCGAUACCGGUAGCGACUACUGCUGCUGCUCAGGGUGGGGAGGGUCGCAUUGUGCUGGUGUCUCUGGUCGCCAACAAACCGGGUGCACCCAGGUCGCUUGGCUUCAUCACGAGUCCAGCGCAGCUUAAUGUCGAGACCUCCAGAGCGCAGGAGUUCCUUUUCCUCUUUGGAAAUUUCAAGGGCUGGGUGAACCUGAUCCGUGGGAGAGACCCUGUUUUCAGCAAUAAGAACUACAACGGUGAUCAUGGUCACUUUAUCAACCUGGUCUACAACAUCUACGAGAAGAAUCAGGUCAUUAGCUGUGAUGAUCUCUGUGAUUCUUUGAACGGAAUCACGAUCACCGACAGCACCUUCCUCAGCACGCUGGAUCCGGGCGCACCAAAGGAGCAAGGCACUAAGAAGCGGAAGCAUGCGGAUAUGGAUGGUCCCACUACUGCGCCGGAGGGAAGUGGCUUACUCGAUCAAUUCGAACAACAAUCAUUAGCGGCAUCAGCAAGUGAGCAAGACCAGCAGCCAGUUAAGAAGAAGAGCAGGAAGUCCCGCAAGCGUAAGGAAAGAGACGCUAAAGGCAGACAAGACGGCCAGAGUGACCAAGCAGCAUAA